AUGACAUUUUUAUAUCGAUGUUUUAGCGAUCCGCUCAGUCAUCGCUCUUCGAGGAAACUUAAGACAAAUAGUUCUCAAAUGAAACGGGAAGAUGAAACAAUUUCUUCGAGUCAAGAUAUUCCUUCAAUGAAAAGCAAGAAACCAAGGAAGGCGAGAACGGCGUUUACCGACCAUCAGUUACACUGCUUGGAGAAAUCAUUUGAACGUCAGAAAUACCUCAGUGUCCAGGAUCGAAUGGAGCUGGCCGCAAAACUCAACCUCACUGAUACGCAAGUGAAAACUUGGUACCAAAACCGACGAACUAAAUGGAAACGGCAGACAGCCGUUGGACUAGAAUUGCUCGCAGAGGCUGGUAAUUAUGCAGCAGUUCAGAGGAUGAUCCAAGCUAACCCUUACUGGUCAAUUCAUUAUCCGCAGGCUGCUAGCAUCAUCUCUAAUCUGGAUGCUUUAUACCUGAGAUACAGCGGAACAAACAGCAUCCAAGGUCAACGACCCAUGCUGCCUCGCACUUUAAUGACGACAGGUGGUCUACAAACAAAUUACGGGCAUUUUCCAUCACCUCAGGUUUUUUCUGAUCACCGGAGUUAAAUUAAGUUAAUGAGCAAAACGAAAAGACAAAAAAGGAAAAGAAGACACACAAAGACAGCAUAUUGACGGACUAAUUAAUAAGCAAAGAGACGGAAUGAUGGCGAACAUAGAGAAAAACACUGAAAAACACUGAAAGACACUGAAAGACAAAGGAAGAUUUUUUUUUUCUAAAUAAAAAUCUUUGUAAAGCUUAUUACUUAAUCAUCUUGAUUCAGGUUUCAAUUCUACAUAAGAUGCGAACGUCAAAGAAAAAAAAUAAUUAUAUAUAAUAUAAAUACCAAAUCAAAAAAAACUGAGAAAUCAAA